GACCACGUUCCUUUCUUCAAGAUAAGCCACUGCUUCCCUCGUGGUCAAACCCUUGUCAGCUUGCAAUGGGCUUCAAAGGCUUCAGGUAUGGAACGAAUCGUUUCAGUAUUCGCGGUUUCCUCGCAGCUAUUUUCCGUCUGUUCAUGGAAUCUCCUUCCGACGCCCCCGGCGUGUUCACCGCGGCUGAUAGUAAGAACGGCAUAGGACAAUGGCAGACGCUCCCCUUGAACAGCGAUCUUUCCUCCCAGUGCCAGCUUGAACGCAUGAUCUAUUGUAAAUGCACCGGCGGUAAAGAGCAUGGAUUUUUGCUCCUUCUAUCAGGAAAAAAUCAUGUGACUGCAGGCGCAUAUAUAUAGUCAGCUCAGCUGAUGAGUCGUUUCGUCAUCCCAUAACAGCACGUCGUCGCGAUCUUGGUUUUAGGCCGCACGCCAUGUAUAGAUGCAUACACAGAACAACAAUGGCUCGUCAAGACAGCUCAGGCAGUCAUUGAUCACCAUCCAUAGUCUCGCC